AUGGCCUCCCUCCCGCCCGAUUUCUACGUCAAGGCCCUGCAGUUCACGAAACGCGUGCACAGGGAAGAGUACCCGGCCAUCGACCCCGCGGACCCCAAGCUCUCCCUGGCGGGCAAGGUCGUCAUCAUCACCGGGGCGAGCCGCGGCAUUGGCGGACAGGUAAUAAAAGCUCAUGCCGCGUCUACCACGGCGGGUAACUCACGUUUCAGAGGGAACCAAAUGCUGACAUCCUCCCCUCUUGCCAAGGGACUUGUGCCGGCCUUUGCCAAAGCCGGCCCCAAGGCCCUCGUCCUCGUCGCCCGCAACGAGUCGAGGCUCAACGCCGUCGCCGAGGAGGUCAGGGCGCUCAACGCAGACGUCGAGACGCUGGUCUACCCCGUCGACAUGGCGGACGCGGCGGGCGUCGCGGCGCUCUUCGACAGGGUGAAGGCGACGUACGGCCACGCCGACGUGCUGGUGAACAACGGUGCCGUGCAGACGGCGCUCGACACAAUCACGACGAGCGACCCCAAAGUCUGGAUGGACGACCUGACGACCAACAUCGGCGGCGCCUUCUACCCGACCUUCCACUUCCUCCGCUCCCUCCCGGAGGCGUCCCACGGCACCAUCGUCAACGUGACCACCAUCGCGCACUGGGUCGUGCCGGGCAUGAGCUCGUACCUUCUCGCCAAGCUCGCGAGCCAGCAGCUCGCCGCCCACGUCGCCGCCGAGACGGGCGGCAACGUCACGGCCGUCGGCCUGCACCCGGGGCUCGUCCACACGGACAUGACGUCGGAUUACUUCCGCCCCUUCGCGCUCGACACUCCCGGCCUGGUGGGCGGGACGGCCGUGUGGCUGUGCUCGGAGGCAGCGAGGUUCCUCGACGGCCGCUUCGUGGCGGCGAACUGGGACGUCGACGACCUGUGGGAGCGGCGGGCCGAGAUUGUGGACAAGGGCCUGUUGAAGAUUGACAUGGCUGGGGAGUUUGGGGCCGAGCAGUUUGUUGAGACGAGGGGAUGA